AAUGGGAAGCUGUAGCCUCUAGGGCCCAGAGGAUAUGCAGGGAGGCAUUUUCUCUCGCUGGUGCAGCUGAGAGCAGCGAGCGAGCGAGCGAGACCUGGAAAUGAAAGUAAAGAGAUCAGGAGGCACAUGGAGGGAGCUGCAGGGGCAGCCGAUCCAGAAGCAGAAUGCUGCCUUCUAUAAUUAAAUAGCACUUACUAUUAUUAUUACUUCUAGUAAUAAUACAUUAAUAAUAUUUCUAGUAAUACAAUACCAUUUAUCAAGGAAAGUUUAUACAUAGUGUGUGUGGGAAGACCCAAGGAGAGCAACUAUAAUGGAGAGACAGAAGAGAAAACAAGAAAUAGAGAAAGGACUUCAGUUCAUUCAGUCCACGUUACCCCUAAGACAAGAAGAUUAUGAGGCCGUUCUGCAGAAGCUUGUGAGAAACUUGUUUGCAGAGGGCAAUGAUUUGUUUCGAGAGAAGAAUUUCAAGCUUUCACUUGGACAGUAUGUAGAAGGACUGAACGUGGCUGAUUAUGCAGCCUCCGACGAUGUGACCAUCCCAAAGGAACUCCUCUGCAAGCUGCACGUCAACCGAGCUGCCUGCUACUUUGCUAUGGGGUCCUAUGAGAAGGCACUGGAAGACAGUGAGAAGGCUUUAAGUCUUGACAAGGAGAACAUCCGAGCGCUCUUCCGCAAAGCCCGCUCCUUAAAUGAGCUUGGAAGACACAAAGAAGCAUAUGAGUGCAACAGCCGAUGUUUGCUGUCCCUCCCACAUGAUGAAAGCGUCACACAGCUGGGACAGGAGCUUGCCCAGAAGCUGGGACUGAGGGUUCGAAAAGCAUACAAAAGACCUCAGCAGGAAUUGGAAACAUUCUCACUACUCAGUAAUGGCACAUCAAUCAAUUUGUCAAACCAGACCACUUCCAAUGGACUGGGUUCGAUAGAUGACAUCGAAACAGACUGCUCUAUGGACCUGCAGUGCCUCCCAGCUCCUGUGGCCACCUCCAUCCCUGUGAGCGAAGGGCUGGCUCCUUUGUCUUCUGACUCGGAUGCAAAGGGCUUGCCUACCACGCUGCCUACUGCCAGCUUGGUCCCAUCUUCAGACCGUGUGCCCCUGCCAGUGCCUGAGAGUGUGGAGGACUUCACAGAAGGUGACAUCCUUGGGGAAGAACUGGAUUCCCUUCUGGACUCCCUAGCAGAAGAGCCAUCAUACCCUCUAUCUCUGGUCCAGAGCACCAUUCCUACCAAUCUGCCAACGGAGAUGCCCCAGCUGAUCCCUGUGUUUCCGGGGGGAGCUCCACUCCUGCCCCCAGUUGUUACAGCCAGCAUCCCUGUCUCCACCCCGCUGCCACCUGCCUCCUUUGGCCUGGUGAUGGAUCCCACCAAGCAGCUCUCCUCCUCCUCCUCUGUCCUGGAUGCCUUUGAGGCCCCACCGGCAGGGAGUGGUGGCUCCACCUUAGAUUCGCUGGAUUCCCUGGAUCUGCUUCCCUACACAGACUCAAGGCUUGAUGCCUUGGACUCCUUUGGGACAAGCAGAGGGUCUCUGGAUGCCUUGGAUUCCUUUGCCAUUGAAGAAACUAGCCCUCAGGAAUUGCGACACCCACCUGGCAGCCAAAAACCAUCCCCCGUGGUGAGUGAGCGGCUCCCCCGUGCUGAUGUCCCAGGGUGCUCUGGAGCCAAGGUAGUCAGCCUUGGUGGAGUGAGUCACCCAGCUGUGCCCAAAGUCACCGAGCACCUGAUGUCCCAGUCGGAACCAGUAAUGCCCAACACAGCCCUACUGGUGAAAAACCCCCUGGCAUCUACUCAUGUCUUCAAACAAGCCUGUCAUAUCUGCUACCCCAAAACAGGGCCCAAAGCUGGUGAUUACACCUAUCGGGAAGGCUUGGAGCACAAGUGCAAGCGGGACAUCCUGCUGGGCAGGCUGAAGAGCUCAGAAGACAAGACCUGGAAAAGGAUCCGUCCUCGCCCAACCAAAACCAACUUUGUAGGAUCCUAUUACCUCUGCAAAGAUAUGCUUAACAAGCAGGACUGUAAGUACGGGGAUAACUGCACCUUCGCGUACCACCAGGAAGAGAUCGACGUGUGGACUGAGGAGAGGAAGGGGACCCUCAACCGUGACCUCCUCUUUGACCCGCUAGGUGGGAUCAAGCAGAGCAGCCUCACCAUUGCCAAACUCCUCAAGGAACAUCAGGGCAUCUUCACCUUCCUCUGUGAGAUUUGCUUUGACAGCAAACCCCGGAUUAUCAGCAAGGGGACCAAGGACACACCAUCUGUCUGCUCCAACCUUUCUGCCAAACACAGUUUCCAUGACAACAAGUGUCUGGUCCACAUUGUGCGUUCCACCUCCCUGAAGUACUCCAAGAUCCGCCAGUUCCAGGAGCACUUCCAGUUCGAUGUGUGCCGACACGAGGUGCGCUACGGCUGCCUGCGCGAGGACAGCUGCCACUUCGCUCACAGUUUCAUCGAGCUCAAGGUUUGGCUGCUGCAGCAAUAUUCAGGAAUGACCCAUGAAGAUAUCGUUCAGGAAUCAAAGAACUACUGGCAGCAGAUGGAAGCACAUGCCAGCAAACCAGCCAACAGCAUGGCUUCUCCUCGAAAUCCCACAUCAAGUACCUUUGACCUCCAGAUGAAAUUUGUGUGUGGCCAGUGCUUAAGGAAUGGGCAGCUGGUGGAGCCAGAUAAAGACCUCAAGUACUGUAGUGCCAAAGCCCGCCACUGUUGGACGAAGGAACGUCGCAUCCCACUGGUGAUGUCCAAAGCAAAGAAGAAGUGGGUGCCUGUCCGACCACUGCCUUCCAUUCGCAACUUCCCACAGCAAUAUGAUUUGUGUAUCCAUGCACAAAAUGACAGGAAAUGCCAGUAUGUGGGCAACUGCUCCUUCGCCCACAGCCCGGAGGAGAGGGACAUGUGGACCUUCAUGAAGGAAAAUAAAAUACUAGAUAUGCAGCAGAUCUAUGAUAUGUGGCUAAAGAAACAUAAUCCUGGGAAGCCUGGAGAGGGGACACCACUCACCUCACGAGAAGGGGAGAAACAGAUCCAGAUGCCGACUGACUACGCAGACAUCAUGAUGGGCUACCACUGCUGGCUCUGUGGGAAGAACAGCAACAGCAAGAAGCAAUGGCAGCAGCACAUCCAGUCGGAGAAGCACAAGGAGAAGGUCUUCACCUCGGACAGUGACUCCAACUGCUGGAGCUACCGCUUCCCCAUGGGUGAAUUCCGGCUCUGCGAAAGGUUCCAGAAGAGCAAGGCCUGCCCUGAGGGAGAGGAGUGCCGCUAUGCCCAUGGCCAGGAUGAGCUGACAGAGUGGCUCGACCGGAGGGAAGUGCUGAAACAGAAACUGGCCAAAGCCCGCAAGGACAUGCUGCUCUGCCCCAGGGAUGACGACUUCGGGAAAUACAACUUCCUAUUGCGGGAUGGGGUAUAGCCAGGGCUGGGGGGGAGCCUGUCAGAUGGAUAAACACAGGGCGGGUUUUCCAAGAGUGGCGGUAGCAGGGAGAGUGAGAUCAGUGUCUUGCAAAGAGAACUUUUAUCUUUUCUUUUGUUUUAAGAUAAUGAGAUGAUGAUUUAUUAGUGGUGAAUGAAAUCAUGAAUUUGAUUCUCCUUGGCCAGCGAACGCCAUGCUCACUGAGUUUGUGAUCCAACUUCUCUCUCUUCUUUCCCUCAAAUUCUCCUUCCUCUCCACCUUUUUCUUUUUGUUGUCCUUCAUGCAAAGAAAUGAAUCCAGUCUGUACUGGCCCAUGAGUCAGAGAAUUUCUCCUUGUGUCAUUCUCUUGCCUUUCCGUUCAGUGUGGCUGCAGAGGUCUGGAGGAUAAAGCUGAGAAGGGCCAACCAUCUGGUGAAAAGGUGACCAUGAAGUUCAUGUGCUCCUUUUCUCAGUGCUGCAGAGCAAGCCCAACUUACACUGCAGCAGCUGGUCUGCUCCCCUGGGAACUCAGUGCCAGAAGAAUUAGGAACUGAGGUCCAAGGAAGGAAAACCACUAGAUCUGGCUUAAAACUUCUAGGCUUAAGUUCCUGCUUUCCAUAUUGCCCUGAGGCAUCAGCUGGUGUGGGGGAGAGUAACAGCCGGCUGGUAUAAAGAGUGUAGCUAAAAGCAGCAAAGCAAUAAAACCACUUGCAGCAGCAGCAAGGAGUGGAUUGUAGGUGACUUCAGACUGUUUCAGCUGACUGUACCCAUAAAGCAAACAGGUGACUCCUCAUUUAGUUGGUUUUCUCAGUGUGAGACAGAUAUUCAGGGUGGGUAGUUUUGGUUUGGAUUUUUGGCUAGUGUGACUUGGUUCAAGAAAGACUGAAGCCACCUAGAAGGUGUAGGUGGAGAUUGUGACACACACUGUGCUACUGUAUCAUAGAAUCAUAGAAUAUGCCAAGUUGGAAGGGACCAAUUAGAAUCACCAAGACUAGGUCCUGCCCCUGUGUAGAGCACUCCCAGGAUCAAUAACACCUGAGUGCACCAUCCAAAUGCUUCUUGAACUCAGACAGACUUGGUGCUGUGACCAUGCCACGCAGCAGUAUCAGUCAGGAGGAAGGCUGUAACCAAAACGAGCCUGUUUUUCUGUGUCACCUUAUGUCCUGAAGAGAGGGAGAGAGGUAAUAGGGUUUCUUUCUUGCUCUUUCAAAUGGCUUGUGUUACUGGUUAUUUAGAGCUGCGUUUUUCCAUGCGCUGCCAGAAGAACUGGGUGGGGGCCUAUUUAAAAGGAAACCACUAAGAAGCAUGGGCGAUGUUUUCCUGAUGAGAAUCAGGCUGAAAUGGUGCUUAAAAGCACUGGGUGUCCAGCCCACUUCUCCUUGGAGCUGAGGCAGGGAGCUUGCAGGCACACAGUGCAGCCAGGAUGAGACAGGACAGCGACUGUGGUGGAGGAUGAGCAGCACAGUGGGACCCAGCCAUGCACCUGCUCCUGUCCCACCUGAUGCAUGUCAUGAUGGGGAACCAGUGAUGCUGAGCUCUGUGCCAGGAUUUUUGGCUUUUAUAGUGGCAGUGGUGAGGUGUGAUAAUGCUCUGUAUGCCAGCCUUGUCCUUUCUGGUGGUCUCAUCAUGUAAGCAGUAUAUGUAUGUCCUGUCCUGAGCUUCCCACUCCUCUCUUCUGCAGUCCAGCUGAGCUCUGCUGUUUUGCAUGUGUAGAUGGCACUGUCCACUCAAAACCAGGUAUAUCUUCCUCCCAGCCUUUGUGGGGACUGCCUUUUUUAUACAGUCUCACAGGACAUUAAGCUCUGAGCCUUUGGGGCUGGCAGUGCUGUAUCCAUGGUAAAUACCAACUGGCCAUGAGCUGCUUGGUGCUUUGGCAUUGCUGGGUCACCCUUUUCCCUCCCUUCUCCCAUAUCUUUGGGGUUCCCACCUUCAAGAAAGAGUGGAUGUGGAAAUACAGAUGGCAAAAUUCAGGAGAUGCUGUGGGGCCUGCUGGCACCUCGAUGCCAGCCUCUAGGUAGGUGUGUGCAUCAGCUCCAGUGAGGGGAGUUACAGCCCAGGAGCAGAAUGUGCUGUGUGCAGGUCUUGAGUCUUCCCAGAGAUGCUUUGUGCUCUAAGUAAGCUGAAUAUGUCUCUGAGCUUGUUCCCUUUAAAAUGUGGAUGGUGGUCACUGGUCUGGUCUUAGCUUCCCUUCGUGGCUGCACCUUUACUGUAACAUCUGAUGAUACACAGGGAUGGCUUAAUGGGAGAAGAGAGGAGAGAAGUGUUUAUUUCCAUCUCUGCCCACACUGGGGAGGAGGACAAGAUGAGGAAUGAUCCAUAGUGCUGUCAGGAAAGUGGGUGACCAAUGCAAUUAUGGACAUAAUGAUUUCUGAGUGGCCUGGUGCUGUAUUCCCUCCUCUGCCCUUCACUGUAGCUGUCCAGACUGUACUUUCUCCUGUUGCUCCUUGUGCUCAAUUCAUCAACUUCAUAAUAGAGAGAGACAGGGGAGGAGGAAGGCAUCAGCUCCUGGGUUAUCUUGUUCUGCUCUUCUUGGGCAGAGACACCAGGGAAGGCAGCCUUGGAUGGCGGACAUUGGAAUGCAUUUUUAUUUUAAAAACAAAUCUGCAUCUCUACUGUGACUCUGGUGUUCGCUGUGCCAUGUUUUCUCAUCCGAUAACUUGUUCAGGUUACAGAGUGGAUCACUGUCCCCUCUCCCCGUCUUUGCUCAGCAGGGCUUUGGAGAGACAAAGUGGGGCCAAGGUGGGGAGAGGGCGAGUGUGUGUGAGGUGAGGGAGGCCCACAGUCACGGGGGUUGCAUCAAGUAUCUCUUUUUGUUUUCCCUGAUAUGAUAACCUGGUCUGUGGUGUUGCAGUACUUUGUCACCAGACUUGUUUUAGUGUGUAUAUAUGUAACCCCACCCACAAAGCAUAUAUACACAGGUAUUAAAUAUAUCGCUCUAUAUAAUAUUAUAUGUGUGUGGUAUCAAAGGAAUCUUUUAAACAAGGGUAAAGGAAAAGGACUCGGGCCAGGAAACGCAGCAUCUCCAAUUUAAAUAUGAAGACUUUUAUUUGGGUUAGGGAAAGGGAAAUAAUGAAGAGGGGAGGGUUUUUUAUAGAUGGGUAUAAAUUUUGAGAUGGGACAAGUUUCCCUUUUCACAUUUUUUAACCCCCCCUAGGAUGUCCUUGCAGUCCCAUCUCAGUGAAAGAAUAUUAUACUGCUAAAUAACAAGUAAAGUUUUAAUGAUAAGGCUUUGCUUAUAUUAUUUAAAGGGACAUUGUGAAAGGCAGGAAGCUUCAUGCUUGACUUCCCAGGCUUGCUUUAUCAAUUCAAGAGGGUUUUCUUCAGCACGUUACAUGCUCUCAGCAGCACUCAGGGCUCUACAACAGAUAAACCACAAGCUGUAGGGCUGCUUUAGUGGUGCAUUCACAAAACCCUGUAAUAACUCUUAUUUUUCCUCAUUCAUGUGAGGUAAAAGGAAAAUUUUGCAGCACAGAACCAAAUCUGAGGGUUAUUAACAAAAAAAGUGAUGCUUUAAUUUUAUAACACUAGAAGAAAAUCUCAUAUCCUGCAAAAUAACUACAGGCACACACAGAGUAGGGACUGAUUCAGAUCAAUUGUUAAAUGCUGAAGGACUUAGUGAAAAUCGUUUCCCAAAUCCUUUGGUAUGGGCAGGGAUUUGAGUGAUGCUGGUUUGGGAGUUAACCUGGCCUUCAUAGGGGGAAAUGAAAAACCAAAAAAUGCCCUACUUAGCUUGUAUGAAACUGUAUGUCAAAAAUGGAUGGGUUUUAGCAAGUGAAAGGAAAAGCUAGCAAGGGGAUGCUGCAGUUCUGAGCUGGGUAGUAAAGAUUUUGAGUCCUUUAAUAUGUCUUUGUAUUAAUAUAAUUUAAGAAUACCACGCUUUACUAUUAAAAAAGAACUUAGUAUCUUUCAUAAGGUCUAGUAUCAGGAUAAUAAUGUAGAUGUUUUAACAACAUUUUAAUUUCUGUUCUUAAAUAAAAAACAACCAAACAAAACCAAACUUGCUUCUUUUAGCCUUUGUAAUAGAAAAUAAAAGUGUGCACUUUAAACCCUC